AUGUCUUCUAUUUGCACGAAAUCCAUUUCACAUAUCUUGUUCCUUUCCUUUCAGAUCCACUCACUCUGUAUCUUUGUAGGCAUCAUGAUGAAGUGUUUCAUUACUGCUGCUCUUCUGGCAAUCACCAUGGCAAUGGUGAAAGGUCAACACUAUGGUGGCGUCCCUGUCCAUGAAGCAAUCCAUGCAGAAGAUGAUGGAGGCGCUGUCCACCAUGAUGACCAUUCUAUUUAUGCUGGACAGGAUGCACAUGGAGUACUUGACGCUCAUCAUGCUGAACACCACGACAGAGCUCAUGAUUUAGCCCAUGGUUAUGGGUUGCACGAGCAUGAUGAGGAACAUCAUGGAGUGGCUGAUGGAGUUCACCAGGAAUACGCGGCCCAUGCUGCUCGUGCAGCACAUGCGGAACAUGAUGACGCUCACCAGCAUCAUGUCGAUGCUGCUGCUGCUGCUACUACAGGUGUCCAUGGUGACUUUGGUUUUGGAGAAUUUGGUCCCUAUGGACACGGUGGAUUUGGUGGCUAUGGACACGGUGCAUUUGGUCCCUCCGGACACGGUUUAUUUGGUGGCAUUGGUCCCUAUGGACACGGUGUAUUUGGCGGUUAUGGACACGGUGCAUUUGGUCCCUAUGGACACGGAAUUUAUAAUGGCCUAUCCGGAUAUGGACUAAAUGGACAUGGUUUCUAUGGUCAUGGUCUAGGCGGCCAUGGUAACUUUGGUCAUGGUGUCUACAGACAUGGUUACUUGGGUGGAUACGGACUUUAUAGACAUUUGUAA